AUGGCGAUCCACUCCCCUCGGCGCUCAAAUAUGGGGUGAGGGGCUCCCCUUCUCCUCCUGCUCCGCCCCCUCCUCGGCUUGUAGGUUUGUUGCUUCUUUCCUGUCCGUAUCUCUCGUCGGCCUUUCAAUCGCCUGCUCUCGCGCUGUCGUCAAAGGUAAAAAGUUAGAAACAAUUUUUCCUUAAAGAAAAGAAAUAAUGGGGAUAUCAAAGGUUGUCGGAUGUGCGGCAACAGUUCUCUUCUCAGCAGCUAUCUACCUCAAGAAAUCUGGAUUUACUUACAUGCCAAUACCUCUCUUAGUUGGUGCUUUGGUUGGGUAUUCGGUCUCCAUUGCAUCUCAUCCAUCCAUAAAUUUGCCAUCGCUCUUGGGAAAGAGAUCUGAUGGAAGUUUCCCUCUCUGGGCAAAGUUUAUUUUCGGCCCAUAUCUAGUGUCUGUUAGGUUAUAUGCUGUGCUCAAAAGGUUGAAGAGGAGGGAGUCAUUGUACAAUGAAGUUUCUGAAAAUCUGUAUGUUGGGGGUUGGCCUACUUCCCCAAGUCAGAUGCCUCCUGGUGAUCCUGUAGUAAUCGAUUGCACAUGUGAAUUACCGAAGGGCUCUUUUAUUAACAAGGAUGCAUAUUUUUGCAUACCUCUAUGGGAUUCAAGGUCCCCAAGUCCAGCACAGAUUGAAUCUGCGGUUCGUUGGGCAUGCCAAAAGAGAGCUGAAAAGAAGCCAAUUUACAUUCAUUGUGCAAAUGGCCAUGGCAGAAGUGUCUGUGUAAUGUGUGCACUCCUAGUUGAAUUAGGAGUGGCUGAAAGCUGGAAAGAUGCUGAGAAGAUGAUCCGCGAGAAGCGUCCUUUCAUUAGAAUGAAUUCUCAUCAUCGAAAAAACAUGGAAGAAUGGACGAAGCAGAGGGUUACAUCAAAGAAAGGAUAAUUGGUUGUUAGUAUAAUCAUUAUUGUUAAAGUAAAAGAAGCCCUGCCAUCUACGGCAACUUAUACAUCAUUUGCAAUGCAGGUCAUGAAGUCUUUUGCUCAUCUUUCUUUUCAACAAUAAUUUAUUGGUUGACUCUGAUACUGUAAUAAAUCUCUCCUGUUAAUUCUA